ACGUCAACAAGCAUGACUCAGUGGAGCGCGUGACGCCGCGGCACACAGCUGAGCUGAGCUGAGCCAGUGAGGUGACAGCCGUGUUGCUGCGUGGCCAGCCCAGUGUACGCCGCCUAUCCCUAAAGCUUGCAGGGACUCGUUGCCAGUGUGUGUGUGUGUGCAUACGUACAGUGACAGCCCCACGGAGGCGCCAUGGCAGCGUCUGCCGCCCGUGCCGUGCUGUGGACAUUAGCACUGCUGCCGUGCCUGGUUGGCGCCGCGGCGGGCAGUGAGAGGCACGGCCUGCCAGCCCGGCACAUCACCGUCAGGAGGCAGCAGAGGGCCGGGCCCCUGCUGCUAAAGGUAGCCGAGGAGGGCCCUGCUGGGAGGGGCGAGUACGCCUUCCAGGGCCACAGUGGUCAUGCCCGGGCCAGGAGGAGCCUUGACGCGGGCACGGCCGCCCCCAUAGUGAAUGUGUCCCACCUGAAUGACAGCCACCAGCAAGUCAUGAUCCAGUGGACGGGUGAGGGCAGCCCUGUGAUAAUCUGCCUGAUGCGGGAUGCACUCCAGAACAUCAGCCGUUACUCCAGCAUGUUUAUUUCUGAAGACUACGGGAGUACCUACAAGAAUAUAUCCCACAAAUUCCAAUUAGAUAAUGGACAGCAAGCCAUAAUAAGCACAUUCUACAAUAAUAAGGUUUUCCACUCCAGGUUUGUGUUUACAGAUGUCCUCAGUAAUUACAUAUUUGUAAGCAAAGACCGCGGACAGACGAUAGUUCCACACCAAGUUUUUUUCACACCGUCAGAAGUUAUGUUCCACCCAACUGACGCUGAAGUGUUGCUCAUCCACGACACUGAAGACCCAGAACGUAAGUUGUGGAUCAGUGAAGAUUUUGGAGAAAAUUGGAAGGUCAUUGAACAGUUUGUGAAAUCAUUCUUUGCAAGUGAAAUUACUUCACCACCAACUCUCUACAUUGAAAGAGGGAAAGACACAGAGUCAUCAUCAGUACUUGCUUCUCAGGAGCUAUUCCGGGCGGGAACCACUAUUUCCAGUAUCAUCGACUCUACUCUAGAGUUCGAGGUGAAGGACGAGUUCCUCUUUGCUGUGAAAAGAACGCCUUAUGAGGACACACUAAGUCUCCUCAUUUCUUACCGUGGAGGAACAUUCCAUCGAGCCGUGUUUCCAAACAGUAUGAAGCAUGAACACUAUUACAUAGCUGAUGUGUCAGAGGGACAGGCUCAUGAAUCAGUUAUAAGAAAACUCUUCUUGGUGCAGAUCCCGUCCCAGCUGAUUGACCGUAUUCAGUUCCCCGAGUACAUGGGAGCCCAGCGAAUCACAAUGAUGGCCGUAGACAUCCGGAAGUGCUUCAAGCUGAUCUUUGACGAUGACACGUUCAGGGAGGUGGAUCUCUUCAACCCUAAGCCCAAGAGGAGCAAGAGAUUCUUCGCCUUGAUCUAUGACUUCUUGGUGUUCACGGACAGCGUGUUCAAAGAAGUGGAGGAGAAGGAAGAAAAGGUGAGUGCCCUCGUUGAGCAGCGGGACAAGAUGAGGGCCAAGCUACACAAAAUCAAGCAGCAGAUCCAUGAAAGGAGGAUGGAAAAUGAAAAAAAUCUGCUGUCAAAGGAAGAGGAUGUGAGGAGAGUGGAAGCCAAGACAGAGGAGCUGCAGAGGUGCCAGGAGGAGAUGUUGGCUCUGAAGGCCCAGCUUGAUGCACUAGGACUCUCUUUAGCCCAGCUGGACAUUGCCAUAAAGGACACCGGGCUCAGGAUCAUGGAGGCCAACAGUGAGAAGCAGAGGCUGGAGGGCUGUGUGAUCCAGGCCAGUGAGGAACAGGAGAUCAAGAAGAGGGAUGACAAACUGGCAGUGCUCAAGGAGGACAACCAGAAGAAGAAAGAUCAUCUGGCCCAGCUGCAGCAGAGAGCCAGCUUCAUGAAGGCAACCAAGGAGAAUAUGGACAAGCUCAUAGCAAUGUUGCAAGAAAUCCAUCUGGAAAAAUCAAAAGAGAAGGACAUCCAGGCAACCAUCCAAAAGAUGGUCUCCCAAGUCACUGAACUUCAGGAGGAGAUCAAGGACCAAGGGCAGUGUAAUCUGCAGUUGACUCAGCAGCUCACAGCGUCAGACACUAAGUUGCAACACAUCCACCAGACGUGGGACCUGAAGAAGGAAAGCAUCAAUAAAGAAAUCAAAGAACAGAAACAGGUUCUUGAGGACCUUCAGCGCAACCAGUCGGAGCAGGACAUCGUGUGCAAGGAAGUGAGCAAUGACGUGGCUGACCUGGACGAGCAGAUCAGACAGUCCACGGAGGAGAUCAGGAACACCAACACCAGGAUAAAGAGCAACUACAAGCUCAUACUUGAAGUUAUGGAGGAAGGCAACGUUGAGCUGAUGUCAGCCCUCACUGAGGUCACCAAGUGUGUGGAGGAGUUUAGGUGUAAAAACUGACUCCAGUUCUCAGCUGGGCCAAGGCUUCAGAAGAUCCCAUGCUGAAGAUUAAUGGGGACAUUUGAGUUCUUGUAUCUAUCUAUCUGUGCUGAAUUGUAUUUCCUUAUGUUAGUUGUGAUAAAGAAAUAGAUUUGUGGAGGGAAGUGGAAGAGAGGGAAGGGAAAGACAUAUAUAAUUUCUUUCUCAUUAUUUUUGUUAUUUUCUGUUAGAAUUGAUUGCUACUGUCGAGUACAAAUGCGCGCAAGACACACUUACCUUAUUACACAAUGAUAACAUUGAAAGUCAAAUAAGACACCGUAUCAUAUCCGACCUACAUCCUAAAAACAAUCUUACAAUAUCUGGGAUGAAAUAACUCAUGUGCUGGCUAAAGCGAGCCAGGACGCACUAUACGCGUCCUCUGAUAUGGUACGGUUGCACCAGAGACUAUAUACGAAGAGAUAGUGGUAUGUAGUAAUUUCUCGGGCGUGCGGAAGUAGCGCCAUCUAUUGCAGCCCACCAAAAACUUUUCUUUUCAAGGGCAGCUUUACUAUUUUUGAAGUACCUGCCACAGCACCCUAUCCAGCCUUCCUUGUUUUUUUCAUUAUUGUAAAAUGAUUUGCUA